AUGAAAGAACGUAAAAUCUUUCUCACAAACAAAAAAACAGAUUGGGAACUCUUUAGGAGCGCUCUUGAAAAAACAACAAUUCUUUCGGUAAGUUUAAAAACAUCAUCUGAAAUCGAAAUGGCAGUACAAAAACUCAGUAAUGACAUUGUACAUUGUUCUAAAGUUAGUAAUCGUGAGAUAACCUACCCUAUGGAAAUUAAAGAUCUAGUUCAACAAAAGCGCAAAGCAAGAAGAACCUGGCAUAGAAUGAGACACCCAACGGAUAAAACCGAAUGGAACCGUAUCAGUAAGUUACUGCGUGAUAAGAUCAAGGAAGUAAAAAAUAUAACAUUUAAAUCGUAUCUGAGUGGCUUAUCUGCAACAGAUAAAACCGAUUACUCAACAGCUGCCACACACUUGGUGUGCGCUAUUAGAAUCUUAUCUGACGGACCGGCAAUUUUGACUCAUACACGAAGAAGCAAUAACAAAUUGGAAAAAUAUAUCAGCUGGAGUACCACAAAGUAGCGUCCUAGGACCUAUUCUUUACUUACUCUACACAGCCGAUAUCUCAACUAACACCGACUCAACAACAGCUGUUUGCUGACGAUACAGCAAUUUUAACAACAAGUAAGGACCAACGGGCUGCGACAGACAACUUGCAGAUCUCAAUCAAUGAUAUUUAUAAUUGGACAAGACGUUGGAAAAUCAAGAUCAACAGUGACAAGUCAGUACACGUAAAUUAUACUUUACGUAAAUCUGUAAAUAUCCCUGUAUUGUUGGACCACAUCAUAAUUCCACAAAAAGAUUCAGCUAAAUACCUGGGUAUGCAUCUCGACUCCCGGUUGAAUUUGAAACACCAUGUCCGCCAAAAACAAUUGCAAAUCAAAGAAAAAAUGCGUAAAUUGUANAGCCAUCAUCAAACCGAUCUGGACCUAUGGCAUACAACUGUGGGGUUGUGCCAGCAAAUCUAACAUUCAAAUCAUUCAACGUUGUCAAAAUAUUGCCCUUCGGACCAUUGUCGCAGCAUACCGGUUCGACAGGAAUGACGUCAUACAUCGUGAUCUCAAGAUACCAUCCAUCCAGGACGAAAUCAGACUUCAUUUGUAA